AUGACAUCUACUAGGUUAACGGUAGGCGCAUCUGUCAACAUCGAUGGUCGCGGUAAAGGCAAAAUAACCAUACAGAAAACCAGUGGAAAUGACGCAAUAUAUACUGUGUUAUUAGAAGGCUGCGAUUUUGAGGUUGAUCUUCCCGUAUCCAGACUAAAUUUGGUAAAAUGCACGAACGCUGGGAACACUGCUCGUUUUCAGAGCGUCACUGACGACGAUCUGCAGGACUUUGUUGUCAAACAGAAAAACAAAAGUACUGUUAAUAAAACUUUCUAUGACUUGAAAGUACUUUCCUCCUACCUUCACACAGUAAAUGAAAUGCGUGAAAUCAGCGAAAUCGCCCCAAAUGAGCUUUGCAAUCUCAUGUGCAAAUUCUUUGUCAGUGUCAAAAAACCUGAUGGCUCCAACUAUGAGCCCACAACUCUCCGCGGAUUUCUUGGUAGCUUUGAACGAUAUUUACGUGAUCAAAACUUCGGGUAUUCUUUGAUUCAUGGGCCUGAGUUUGCAAAUCUCAAAGAGGUGUUUCAGGCUAAACAGAAACAACUAAAAAGUGAAAGCCUCGGAAACAAACCUAAGAGGACUGACCCCAUUACUGAUAAGGAAAUAAGUCAGCUUUGGGAAACGAAGCAACUGGGAAAAGCAUCACCUGAAAGCAUCAUCAACUCGCCCUGGUUUUUUAACACUGUAAACUUUGGGUUACGGGGAAGUGAUGAGCACAGGAGUAUGUGCUGGGGGACCUAA